ACCUGAUACUUUACCUGACUGAGCUCAGACCCAGCAUCUCAUUACCGUUCCAAUACAAUCUAUAACUGAGGUUCAUUGUGUCCUGUAAACUCCAGCAGUCAAGGUGUUCCUCUGUAUUUGGCUCCACUCAGACAAAGACAGGAAGACAUGGCUGUGGCUAAUUUCCAGUACAUUACUCGGAUGAGCAGCGGCUUCAAGGUCUACAUUUUAGAAGGUCAACCCCAUUUCAGAAGCGAGGACAGAUACAGACACAUGACAAAUGACCGGGCUCGAGCCCCUGCAGUGUAUCCAAUCAAGCGUAAACGCAGCCAUGAGAGAGGGCUAACUUUGGAGGAAAGGCGAGAGCGGGCGAUGAGCAGAAGCAAUGCCCAGAAAGUAGCUCAGAGAGCAGCAGCAGCAGCAGGAGCACCACCAGUAAUGUUCAGCAACCGACAGAGUCCAACAUCCAGCCACAGUCCGGUGCCCAGCCCCACUAGCCCUCUGCCCACCCAUGUGUACUACACGCCAGUCAUGGACGAACCCCUCGCCCUCAUCAAGAAACCGAGAAAAGACCCCGAAAACUCAGUGGAAAAGACUCAAAGCCCUGCUACCAGUCAAAUCCAGAUGCGUCCCUCUGUGAUCACCCGUGUCUCCUCAUCGAGAAGCCCCUCCUGCAAAUCUGAGGUCCACAGAAGCCCCUCAUCAGUGGUUUCCAAAUGCAACUACGAUCACGUCCUCGAAGAGCACUUCCAGAGGAGCCUCGGAGUGAACUACCAGAAAGCUCGCAACCAGCAGCUCUCCAUCAGCGUCUCUGUCGACGACCACUUUGCCAAGGCUUUGGGAGACAAGUGGCUGCAGAUUAAGUCCAAAUCUUCCUCCUGUUCCUCCACACCUCCCAGCAGCCCGAGCGUUACUCACUCCCCAACCUACAGCCACAGCCCCAAUCAGUGCCACAAAGAGUCUACCAGCAGCUCAUCGCCGAAUUCCAGCCACUGGCCUGUCAACUAAAGCAGAAACAACCUCUGAUUCUGGUGGAAGCUGGACUUUGUGACGUGUAACAUUUCAGUGCAAACAGCUCUGCUUGUCCAUGCAAUGGAAAUGUCAGCAGUAGUGUCGAGAGAGCGAGCUUGCAGACGCAGGAGUGCUGUCACUUUGGACCUCCGUGUGUCCAGACGUAAUACGCAAAGAUGCAGACAAAUGUAGCAUUAAUUGGGACACCUUUGUUUUGUUACAUUUCUAUCUUCUGCUUGUUGAUAGCAUCUGAAUAUCUGAGAUACUGUAGAUGGUGAUGAGGGAUGAUUGAAAAAUCAGCCAAGUAUUCCUUCACAUUUCUGUUAUUUUGUGUCAUUCUUAUAUUGGAAUGCCACAAUUUUAUUGUAUUAUAUUUAUAUUCUGAUAUGCCUGGGAUACGCCUUAUAGUCUAAAUGACUAGCCUAUCUGCUGUAUAAUAUUAUGCUUACCAGCUGUACAACAAAACAGACUUUUGAAAAAACUUUGAAAGAAUAAAAAUCUCACAAAUUCUUU